AUGUUAGUGAAAAUAGGAAUCAAGAUUCAAGCCACAAAAAAUAAUAGUUUUAGAUCAUUCAGCACCCAAGCUGCAAAUGCUGGAAGUCCACAGCCUCCACCACCUCCUCCACCUCCAGAGAAAACCCAUUUUGGUGGAUUAAAAGAUGAGGACUGGAUUUUUACCAACUUGUAUGGGUUGCAUGACUCUUUUCUCAAAGGUGCCAUGAAGCGGGGAGACUGGUAUAGAACAAAGGACUUGGUACUCAAGGGUGCUGAUUGGAUUGUUAAUGAAUUCAAGAAGUCUGGCCUCCAAGGACGUGGUGGUUCUGGUUUCCCCUCUGGCCUCAAAUGGUCAUUCAUGCCAAAAGUAUCUGAUGGACGUCCCUCCUACCUCGUGGUUAAUGCUGAUGAAAGUGAACUUGGAACUUGCAAAGAUAGGGAAAUCAUGCGCCAUGAUCCACACAAGCUAUUAGAGGGCUACUUAAUUGCUGGGGUGGGAAUGAGAGCCUCUACUGCAUAUAUCUACAUUAGGGCUUAUGGAGCUGGGUUAUUGGGCAAGAAUGCAUGUGGUUCUGGCUAUGAUUUUGAUGUUCAUAUCCACUAUGGUGCCGGUGCUUAUAUUUAUGGUGAAGAGACUGCACUUUUAGAAAGCCUAGAAGGAAAACAAGGGAAACCAAGGCUGAAGCCUCCCUUCCCAGCCAAUGCAGGGUUGUAUGGCUGUCACACUACUAUUACAAAUGUGGAAACGGUGGUUGUCUCUCCCACCAUUUUGAGGCAUGGACCAGAGUGGUUUGCUAGUUUUGGCAGGAAGAAUAAUUAUGGAACAAAAUUGUUUUGUUUCUUAGGUCAUGUGAACAAACCUUGCACAGUUGAAGAGGAGAUGAGUAUUUCUCUCAAAGAGUUAAUAAAGAGGCACUGUGGAGGUGUUCGAGGUGGAUGA